GGGAUAUGGUUGGGAACCAGGCGGGUCGGGGGCGGGGCUGGGGCCAGGACGGGACCAGGUUGGGGGCUGAUUUGCGGCCAUGAAGCGGGAUGUUCGCAUCCUGUUGCUGGGCGAGGCCCAGGUGGGGAAGACGUCGCUGAUCUUGUCGCUGGUGGGCGAGGAGUUCCCCGAAGAGGUCCCUCCCCGGGCAGAAGAGAUUACAAUUCCUGCGGAUGUCACCCCAGAGAAGGUGCCCACCCACAUCGUGGACUACUCAGAAGCUGAGCAGACAGAGGAGGAGCUCCAGGCUGAGAUCCACAAGGCGAAUGUGGUAUGUGUGGUGUACGACAUCUCCGAGGAGGCCACUAUCGAGAAGGCAGGCACAGAGCCCAGGUGGGAGCCAUCUCACUCACAGCCUGGCCUUUCUCAGAUCAGAACCAAGUGGAUCCCAUUGGUGAAUGGGAGAACCAAGAGGGGCCCUAGGGUCCCCAUCAUCCUGGUGGGCAACAAGUCGGACCUGCGGCCGGGGGGCUCCAUCGAGGCUGUGCUUCCCAUCAUGAGCCAAUUCCCUGAGAUCGAGACUUGUGUGGAGUGCUCGGCCAAGAACCUGAGGAACAUCUCAGAGCUGUUCUACUAUGCGCAGAAGGCCGUGCUGCACCCCACAGCACCUCUGUAUGAUCCCGAGGCCAAGCAGCUGCAGCCUGCCUGCACCCAGGCCCUCACACGCAUCUUCAGACUCUGCGACCAGGACCUGGACCAGGCGCUCAGUGAUGAGGAACUCAACACCUUCCAGAAGUCCUGCUUUGGGCACCCCCUGGCCCCGCAGGCCCUGGAGGAUGUGAAGAUGGUGGUGAGCAAGAAUGUGGCAGGCGGUGUGUGGAAUGAUCAGCUGACACUGGACGGCUUCCUCUUCCUGAACACACUUUUCAUCCAGCGUGGCCGCCAUGAGACCACCUGGGCCAUCUUGCGGCGCUUUGGCUAUGGUGAUGCGCUUGAGCUCACGGAUGACUACCUUUUCCCCCCGCUCCCCGUGCCCCCAGGCUGUACCACUGAGCUCAACCACUUUGGCUACCAAUUCCUGCAGAGAGUGUUUGAGAAGCACGACCAGGACCACGAUGGUGCCCUUUCGCCCGUGGAGUUGCAGAGCCUCUUUAGUGUCUUCCCAGCAGCCCCCUGGGGCCCUGAGCUGCCCUAUACGGUGUGCACUGCAGCCGGUGGCCAGCUUCCCCUGCACAGCUUCCUCUGCCAGUGGACCCUGGUGACCUAUGUGGAUGUCCGGCGCUGUCUUGGGGAUCUCGGCUACCUGGGGUACCCCGUUCUCUCUGAGCAGGACUCCCAGGCCCAUGCCAUCACAGGUGGGCACCUGCCUCUCAAGGACCCUGUGCUGGGCCUCCGCAUCAGCCCCAUUCUUACCAGGCGGGCACCCACCUUGCCUGGGAUUCUGUGCCACCCCGCAUCACUUGUUUGUCCACACACAGUCACCCGUGAGAAAAGGCUGGACCAGGAGAAGGGGCAGACCCAGAGGCGUGUCCUCCUGUGCGAGGUGGUGGGGGCACGUGGAGUGGGCAAGUCUGCCUUCCUGCAGGCCUUCCUUGGCCGGAGCCUAGGGCUCCAGGAGCCCUCCAUGGAACUUUCUGUCUAUGCCAUCAACACAGUGCACGUCAACAGGCAGGAGAAGUACCUGAUACUUCAUGAGGUGGGUGCAGACAGCCUGCUGGACGUUGCAUCAGAUGUUGCCUGUGAUGUCGCCUGCCUGCUGUUUGACAGCAGCAACCCCACAUCCUUCACAUUCUGCGCCAGGAUCUAUAAGCAGCGUUACUUGGAUGGGCAGACCCCCUGCCUCUUCAUCUCUUCCAAGGCCGACCUGCCCCAAGGCAUCUCGCCACCAGGCAUGUCCCCGGCUGAGUUCUGCCACAGGCACCGGCUGCCCGCUCCUGUCCCCUUCUCUUGUAUCAGCUCGGCUGCACCCAGCACUGCCAUCUUCAGCCGGCUGGCCACCAUGGCUACCUUCCCAUACCUGGUUCAUACGGAGCUGCACCCCACCUCCUUCUGGCUGCAGGUGACACUGGGGGCUGUUGGGGCCGCCCUGGCUGCCGUGCUCAGCUUUUCCCUAUAUAGGGCCCUGGUGAAGAGCUGAUGAGGCCAGCCUGAGGCCCUCCCUGCCCUCCUGCCUGGCCCCGCCCUACAGUCCUGGUUCAGGGUCCCCAAGGCACUGGCAGAGGGCCCCUGCCCAGGGGCUUUCUCCUGCUUGAACAUUUGCCAAGUGCUAUCCUGCUACAGCUGUGCCAGCUUGCCCACCCCUACUGGAGAGGCCCCUUUUCCAAACAGCUUGGGCCCUGUCACUAUUGGGCAUCAUGUGUACUGGGGGGACUGGGGGCAUAGAUGAGGAAGCUGGUGACUCCAGAUGUGGAAUUCUUAGGGCCCCACUCCCUCCUUCCUGGUCCUGGGCCCAGGUGGUCAGCAGGUGUGGAAGGGGUCAGAAGUAGGGGCAGGCAAGAAGUGCUGGGAUCACAAUGUCUACUUCCCUGUGGUUCACAUGGGCCCAUCUGCCACUGCUGUGGAAUGGGUUCCGCCUGCCCCUUCUGAGGGCAUGAAACUGGGUUUUCUGAUUAAACUUCAGUUGUCUUCCACCUCUUGGAUUCCACACCUUAAAGGCAGUUUUUUUGUGAAUCAGCCUAAAACUUGUCCUUUGUCUGGGGUGGCUGGAAAGCACAGCUCUGGCCGUUUACUUCCAGAGACCUCAGGGUGCCUCCUGCAGCAUCACCUCAGCCUCUGCCCUGGAUCUGCUCCCUGCCCCCAGGCAUCAUGUCCAGGCCACUUAAUGUCUGGCUGGGCCCAGAGGACCUCUGUCCAAGGUAGUCCACAUCAGUCUGGGGAUGAGCAGCCCACAGUGUCCUUGAGGGAGUGUAGUGGGAAGCCCGCAGUCUGAGGUCACCACCCCCAUGUAGCCCACUCCCCGGGCCGCAGUGUCCAGAUGGCCUGGUUCAACCAGGCACCCAAUUAUGCUUCUCCGUCUGCAGUGCAUAGGAGCCCCCUGCUUGGGGACCCUGCCUAGUCCUGUCCCGUCCUUCACACCCUGAAAGGGACAGCCAUAGCACCCCCCACAUUGAAGGGAACGGGGUGGUUCUCCAGAGAACCUUCUUGGACAGGCACCUGCUGUUCCACGUGUCUUGGAGCCUGUGGUGGCUGAGCAGACCAGGGUCCCAGCCCAGCCCAUUCCUUCCUCCCCAGCUUCUGAGCCACAUUCUUGGUGCCUGGCAGGCUCGGUACACUUGGGUGGUGCCCACUGUGCAGGACCACAUCUGCCUCAGGAGGGUGGGGUGGGCACUGGGGCCCCUUCUGGCCCCAUGGGCUGUCCCUCCACCCCUGCCAGCCCUCAGAGCCGGGUGCUAUUUCUGGACACCUGUGUCCCCAGAGGGCACAGCUGCCAAGAGUGAUGAUGGCUCCAUUGCACACUGCAGCAACAGGCUGUACAUUUGAGUAGCCCUUGAAAAGUUUGCUAUGGUCAUCUAUCCCCUUGGUCUGUGUCAUCUCCAUUGUAUAAGCGGGUCCCCUCAUUGAUCCCAGCUGUGGCUCUGCCCGGGGGUCCAUGGGUCUGCCUGAGCCUACCUAGUACCAUCCAUGCCCAGCCCCAGUGGCCUGCUCAGGCCAGAGACCCUGACUCUCCACCAAGCUGGCUGCAGUAGUGUUCAGGCACAAGCCCCCAAUCCAGACGUGCGCGGUGGGGGUUGGUCUGGGCAGCUGCACUGUCACCUCCCCUACAUUCACUGGCUUCUGUUAGUUUUGGCACCCAGCAGUAGAGCCCUAGGGCUCAGAAGAAGCCAGGCUGUCUGCAUCAGUCUGGGUGGUCAGCAGGAAGAGCCAAUGAGCCGCGAGGGAAACGCGGGGUCCACCGCCUGGGGGGUCGCAGGCAGCGCGGGGGUCCGGGAAGACUUCCUUGAGGAGGUGACGUCUGCACUGAGGCCGGAGCCCGGAGGGCUACGCAGGUCACAGAGCCGCAGAUGCGCGCCUAGGGAGAGCUUGGGCGCGGCGCGGUGACUCAGUUUCCCAGGUGUCGUGGGUGAGAGGGGCAGCCGCAGUGCCGGGGUCCUGCCUAAGCG